AUAGAUAAAGGCGGUCGAGAAUUAGUGCAAGGAGUUCCUCCUGGUGUUGCGGAAUCAUAUAGAGCCCUGGCAGAUCACAGUGGAGUCCCUGCCGCCACCCUCAACCGGCGUGCGAGGGGUGAGUGCUCGAUCGAGCAGAAGGCUAAACGUCAAUAA